AUGGCUGGCUACGACGGACCUUAUCAAGGCAACGAGAUGUUUAAAUCAUUCACCAAGACUUGGCAUACCAAGCCUUACCCUGCAAUCCUGCCCUCCCGAGCUGAGCUCAGUGCUGCUGGAAAGACUGUCUUCAUUACGGGGGGUGGUAGCGGUAUUGGCAAGGCUACUGCUAUUGCCUUCUCAGAAGCCGGUGCUAGAGUCAUCGCCAUUUUCGGGCGCCGAAUUGAGAUACUACAGUCAGCUGCUGAAGAAAUCUCUAGGGCCAACCCCAAAGGAACUACCACCGUGGUUUUUGAAAGUGCCGAUGUUAGCCAGCGUGAUGCGUUGGAGGCUGCCUUCGCCAGCGCUAUCCACAAGGCUGGCGGCGGCAAGAUUGACGUCUUUGUCAAUAACGCUGGAAUCCUCAAGCCACGAGCCCCUCUCGCGAAUUACGGCGAGAAGGAAAUGCGCGAGAGUAUUGAGGGCAACAUAGUUGGUUCGUUCAACGCGAUCCAGACAAUGGUACCCUUGUUGGCGCCCAAAGCCAAAGUUUUGAAUAUCUCCUCAGGCAUUGCACAUAUCAAUCCGCUUGCUGGAUAUUGGCCAUAUGCAUCCUUCAAACUUGCAAUCAUCAAGAUGUUCGACUUCCUACAGGCUGAGCAUCCAAAUCUUAGCGUUUUUAACGUUCAACCUGGCGUUGUUACAACUGAUCUUAACGAAAUUUCCGGCUUUCCAGGCCAAGACGACGCUGCACUUCCAGGCUGCUUCCACGUUUGGCUUGCGUCCCCUGAAGCCGAAUUCUUGAAGGGAAGGUUCGUUUGGGUUAACUGGGACGUGGAUGAACUGAAGGCUCAUGCCAAGGAGAUUGAAGAAUCAAUGCUAUUGAAAGUGAUAUUGAACGGCGUGCCAAUGUGA